AUUGUGUGAUAAAAACUGGAAGUCAGCCGGUGGACGAGGGGCUCUUUAUUCACAAAAAGCACACGAAUCCAGCGGCCCUCGUCGUUGUACACAAACUCGUCCUGCUCGCGUCCCGAAACUGGUCUUGUUAGUGAAGAAGACGGCGAGAAAAAUCCUGCUUUUAAACCCACCAAAGAUUGGUUUUUAUUUAGCUGUGGCUGUCGAAAGGCGGGGAAUACAAAGCGACGUGUGGUCAAAUCCAUUACAUUUUGGACUCACUGAAGCAAAAACGGGAUCACUACAAAGCCAGUUCGUGCUGCUGUGGCUGGUCAGCGAUAGUACAUGGAUUAUCUGUGUUUCCGGGCACUGUGCUGUAAAGGACCCCCACCGCCAAGACCAGAGUAUGAUGUGGUGUGCAUUGGCCUGACAGGUGCUGGAAAGACCAGCCUGCUCUCACGCCUCUGCAGUGAGGGCAGCGACGGCAUCGUACCUACAACAGGUUUCAGCAUCAAAGCAGUGCCAUUUCCAAAUGCCAUCUUGAAUGUAAAAGAACUUGGAGGAGCCGACAACAUCAAGAAAUAUUGGAGUCGUUACUACCAGGGCUCACAGGGCGUAGUCUUCGUAUUGGACAGCGCUUCAUCAGAUGAGGACCUUGAGGCGGCACGUAACGAGCUCCACUCAGCCCUCCAGCACCCGCAGCUCUGCACACUGCCUUUCCUCAUCCUUGCCAACCACCAGGACAAGCCUGCUGCAAGGACGCCAAACCAGGUCAAGAAGUACUUUGAGCUGGAGCCGCUGGCCAGAGGGAAGCGCUGGAUCCUGGAGGGCAGCUCCACCGACAACAUGGAGGCGGUGAAGGAGAUCUUCGGUCAGUUCAUUAGUCUGUUGGAGGACAAAGACACAGAGCCUGCAAGGAUAUGAUGCUAACACUGCUAAUGCUAAGAGACAUUAGCGGCUAACGACACAGAAAACACCACAUCCUGCUGGUGCCCACGCACACACUCAUGCACAGACACAACAUGCACACACGAGAAAACACAGCAGAUGUUGGCCUCGCCCUUCGAGAAGUGUAUUGUAUGUUACCCUCCUUCACUGCGCUCUCAUUUUUCAAAUUGGAAGAGUGUGCACAAGCAACAGUCAGCCACUACAACCUGACAGAGGAGAGCUGCCAUUAAACCCACCCAGCAUAAAGCAGUUUGUCAAGAAAAAUCGGCGACCUUUGCCAGAAAUGGAAACCUUGUUUACUACUGUCUGUGCCAUUGUGAUUAAACCAGUGGCAAUUGGGACAUAUGGCAGUCCUUCAGUCAUCAUUGGACACUAACACACACACUUUCUCACUCUUACACACACACAUACACCCACACAAACACAAAGUGGAGCCCAGGUUGUCUGUAGAUAUGUUUAACAUCUCCAGUAAUUACUUUCCAGGAUGUGUGGGUGGGCACUGUUGAUGUUCUUUCCACUGAGAAGUACUGUAUGGCUGUCAAGUGUGCUUCCCCCUUUGACUCGGUAACAACGAACGUUGUUGUGUGAUCGGAGUGCAUAGUCCAAAGCCUCGUGUUAUGUACGGUAGUUACAUAUCGGUGUGUCGCACCAUGUCUGAAUAUCUAAUCUGAAUAGUGUAGUCCGAGUAUCUCCAUGGAGUAUUAUGUACAUGCAAACAAGCAUAUUGCCGAGUACCCUCCUGUGCAGCCAUACGCAAGUACUACUUAUCAUGUGACUAAGUGCUACGUGACUUUAUGGAGACGUGUGUCCGUUUGGAGGAAGUGGGAUCAAGUCUGAAUGCUUUUAUAAAUGUGCAACUUAGGAUAUAUUUUCUAGCUCUGUAUGUUAACCUCGUAGAGCUACGUUCAGAUUUUUUAUAUAUCAUACCACACUUACGAAUUCUUUCAAAUCAAAGACCAAAAAAGAAAAAAAAACAACAACCGCGGUGAUUGACCAGGCUGGAUGGAUGCAGCCACAAGGUAGAGAAAUGUGACAGAUUUAGUUUCAUUUCAGUGUGAAGUAAAUGUCUUUGUUUUUCUACAUUUCUACUGUAUUUCUUUUUAUUUCUUCCUUCUUGAAAUUGAAAUAAUCCCUCUCAACACUGGCGACUCCAGUCUCCCAUCAGGGUGGAAUACAAACUCUAUCAAUCAGCCACCGCAACAGCUGCAUCUGACAAGUCCCUGUCCGACACCCUAAUGCCUUCCAACUGUCUGCGAAGACCCCUCCCUGUCUGCUGUUUAUCGCGGACCCCCGCCCCACCUCAUCCCAACCCCAACGCUGCCCCUCCACUCCAGCUCCGCUCCCUGUCCCCAUUACCGCUCGGCGGGGCUUUCAUCCCCACGUGGCAGCUCUCAGCCCGGCUGCCCUCGUGUGGACUCCACACCUUGAAAAUCAGUGGCGUUGAUUGUGCCACAGGUGUGCGGUGGUCUCAUGACGUGCCUCAGUAAUGGACAGUGUUCACACCUCCUCCCCGUCUGCUUUGUAUUUUUGUUGUCUUGCUCAGUAUUUUGUCAAGUUUCUAGAGAUUUGAUCACUUUUUGUACCUGACAUGAGAUCUGCCAGGUAUUUUUCUUUUUUCUUUUUUUUUUUUUUUUUACAAUGGAUGAAUCGGUGCAUUCAGUCGCUUGAAUGCAAAAUAAAUCUGUCAGCUGGGGAUUAUACUGAUGUUGGACUUUGCAUAUCAUCUG